UUUGUUAUUGUAUUGAUUCGCAGACGACAGACGUUCUGGCUGUGUAUUGAUCUGUGUGUACAAACAUUGUUUUGUCUACUGACAAGUAGUCUGUGUAUUUACCGUUGGUAUUUAUCUGUGCCUGCGUUGUUUUCCGUGAUCGUUUUCUGUAAUUACGAUGCCGAAAGUAAAGGAGAGAAAGUUAUGUAAUAAACAGGAUACACCGCUGUUGACAACAGACAAAAUAAAAAAUGUAAAAAAGGAAAUGGAAAGGCAGCUAGAAAAUAAAAAAACUAAAUUAAAUUCACCUGAGGAGUCUAAUAAUAAAAGAGGAGCAGAGAUUCAGAGACCAGAGGGACUAUGCAGCAUACAGGAAAUGACUGUGGAACUGAAAGAGAGAACAAAAGAAGAUGAGUUGAUGCGUUCGUCAUGGAAGGAAACCUCAUCCGCAAAAGCUAGAAAAACAUCAAAACUUAAAAAAGAGGUUGAUGAACUUAUAGAAAAAGAAAUACAAAAAUGCUGUCUUACGGGAAUUUCAAUAAUCGAGCAAAGUCUGGCAGAACUAAAUGAUGCUAUUGCCAAAAUGGGAGAUUGCAAUAAACAGUUUCCUGAAGAUGAAAAUAAAUAAAAUAAGAGGAGGAGAAUAUGAAGUGAAAUACACAACUUGUUAUAAUUUAAGAGAGCCCUCAUAGAUACCUGUAGCGUCACGUAGUCAACUUUGUCCCCUUCACCAAAAGUAUGGGUUUACUGACGUAAAUCUAAAUUCCACUGUUAUCACAGAUCAAAAAAGCUCAGCCAUCUGAAGUGUUUCACAGUAGUAAAAAACUUGUGUUAUCUGCUAUUAAUAUUCAUAAACUAUUGAUGUUUUAAUGCUUUUUAAAAGUAUCAGUUCUGGAAUAACAGAAUGCCAGAUGUCAAAUUCAUCAGGUACCUUUAAGCUGCAGCCAUACUUCAUGCUUUAUUGCUUUAAAUGUUUUUUAUAAUUCACUAGUGAAACUGAAUUUGUCAGAUACUUUCUUUUGGAAGUGAAAGACAUCAUAAAUCUUACCAGAUGUUUCUUUUCCAAAAGAUUUAAAUUAAUUCCAGUCUUCAUAAAAAAUGAGUGUAACAACACACAUUUGGUUAAAAUUAUAACAGUAUCCAUAACACUAUUCUACUGGCAACAGCCACAAGCUGUGUCACAACCGCAAAUUUUACAGUUUUUACAUGUUUAGUUAGCCAAAACGCUGCUAUAUUCAAAGAUGUUUUAUUAUCCUUUUACUUUUUAGUACCAUAAGCAUAUUUUGACUCUAUGGCCAUUAUCAAGCUCUUUCCAUAGUAAACUGUCAACACUGUCACUGUCUGGGACCUGCUGCUGCUGUGUAUCAUGGAUGUACUGCAGACAAACAGACAUGUACAUCACCUUUCCAGUUCCACACAAGAACCGCAUGUAACGGAUAUCAACUUCACAACUGAUGAACAAAAAUUACGUCAUAAGGGCAUUUAAUAUGAUUUACAACCAAAACUGAACAUGAAAAAAAGAUAUAACAGUGUUGACUUAGCUAUCAACUGAAGCUCUCACACAAAAAAUAUUAAACAGUCUUAACGAAUAAUGCUCAGCAACGAAUUCCACAGCAGAGGCAUUACAAAUUUAAAAUUUUGUCUGUGCUACAUCUACAAAAUGCAGCAGUAGAAGGUGCAAGAACCCACCACUCGCACUGAGCCUUGAAUAAAAUCAUACAUCUUCAGUUAUGCUAUAGUUAUUCAUUUAUUUAUCAGUAUCAACGUUUCCUGGAAUUGAAAAUUACUGAAAGCUAGUAUUUAUGACCCAUGGACUCCUCCUAAUAUCUGAGUAGCAAAAGGCAAUUUCUGUUAGCAAAUAUUUCGUAAUAAUUAUUACUUGAUUUGCACCAGAAUAAACGUACUAUCCCUAUGUAUCUCUUUACUGAUGUCAUGAGCAAUUUCUACAUUACAUUAACACUUGUUCCAUAGGCCAUGAAUAUGACAUUUUGAAAUGAUGAGAGUCCAUUUGCAGAGAACCACAUAAUAAUUUUUUGAAAGAGAUGAUUUACAAUUUCCUCAGCUCAUUCUUGUUUGAUGGGUAUGAUUAUUGUACUCAUAUCAUCAGCAAAAACAACUAGCUUUGCAUCUUCAUGAAUAUAGAGUGGCAAAUCAUUAAUAUAUAUUAAGAACAAUAAUGGACCCAAGACUGAACCCCAUGCAACACCAUUCUUGACACCUCACCAGUUAGAAGUCUCUGCUGAUUUUUGCAGACUAUAUGUACUGUUAAUUUCAUCCUUCUGCAUUUUUCCAGUUAAAUAUGAAUUAAAACAUUUGUGCACUGCCCCACUCAGUUGCCCUGGUUCCUUCUUAACAAUAUUCCAAAUUGUUUUAAUUUUAUUAUCAGAAGUGCUUAUAUCAGGCGUAAUGUAUGCACUUCUGAACUUUUAAGUAACUUUUCUUAAUACAGUUCAGUAGUUUUUAUAAUGUUUCACUGUUUCUGGAUUAUUACUCCUUCUAGCUGUAAGAUACACUGCACUUUUCUUUUUACUAGACUUUUUAUCCCUUUAGUAAGCCAUGGAUUUUUUGACAGUUUCUUAUAUUUCACUGUUUUCUUAGGGUUACUAUUUUCAGAUAUAUUCACAAAAGUAUCAUGAAAUAGGUUAAAUUUUAAAGUAGCCUCAGGUUCCCUGUACACCUCAGCCCAAUCCAAGCGUUGCAAGCUUUCCCUGAAAUCUGCAAUUCUUAAAUCGUUAACUGAACACACUUUUUUGGAGGAAUGUAUUGAAUUACUCUUUGAGUUAUGUCAUAUACUGUAACUAGCUGUGCAUCACGAUCAGACAGACCAUUCUUAACAGAAAAUUUAUCUUGGUCUUAAAAAUAUUAUCUAUCAGUGUGCUGGUUUCCUGUACCACCCAAGUAGGAAAAUCAAUGACUGAUGUCAAAGUGAAAGAACCAAGUAAUACUUCAAGUUCAAGCUUUUUAAUGGACUUUUUUUAGUAAAGCUGCAUUGAUAUCACCACAAACUAUAAUUUGCUUCUCUCUGUCUGACAGAUAGCACAACAAAAAAUCCAAGUUUUUGAAAAAUAACUGAAUAUUUCCCAAUGGGGAACUAUACACAGCUACAAUUAUAUAGGUACCAUUAUUUAGUUUAAGCUCACACACACAUGCUUCUAUAUGUUGCUCCACACAACAUUUUUUAGUUUCUAAAUUUUUCACACUAUGAUAAAUAUUAACAUUGGCAUCUCAUCCCAUUGGCUCCCUUCUGCUAGCCAGCAUGGGAACCUACCACUCAUUCCUUACUCUAUACAUACUGCAGCACUAAUACAUUUACUUCACAUAUGUAAAAUAGCAAAACUGCAAAUGAAAUAUAAUGCUCUCUUAUCCGAAAAUAGGGUACCUUACAAAGGUAUCAGACAGUUACUGCACUAACAAUGUGCUAUGAAAAUAGCCUGAUGAUGAGCAUGGAACCGAAAUAAAUUUGUAGCACCAAAAAAUAACAUUGUAAUAAAAAGUCUUUAAAUAUAGCAGCGUUUUGGCUCAUUAUGUGUUUAUGAAAAUAUUACUGGGAUGCCAGAAACUGUAUGCUUUAACUUUCUGUAAAUAUUUUAUUGUUUU